CAAGAUAAGCAAGCAAAAUGAAGGUCACCAGUAAGCUAGCCUUGUCCCUGGCCGGCUGCGCGGUUGCAGCGGCUUUGCCGCACGCGGCGCAGGGCGGGGAAGACUGUUCGACUUCUGCGGGACACCAGCACAAGCGUGCGAUUGCGGUGGAGUACGUGUACGAGACGAUCACCGUGAACGGGCAGGGUCAGACCAUCUUCGGGAUGUCGUCUGUCAGCCCCACGCUUAGCCCCUCCAGCACUCGGAGCACGCCUGUGAGCUCGAGCACCCCUACUUCCAGCGUGGUGAGCUCGUCGAGCUACAGCGCUCCAAGCUCUUCGAGUGCGUGGAGCUCGUCGGCUCCGUCCUCGUCGAGUGCUCCGUCCUCGUCGAGCGCUCCGCCCUCGACUACGAGUGCGAAGCCCACCACGCUGAAGCCAUCCUCCAGCUCGGAGGUCAGCUCUACGAAGUCGUCUGCGGCGCCCUCAAGCAGCUCGGCGCCUAGUCACGACCACGGCGCCGGGGUCUUCGGCGACCUUGAAUUGUACGCGAAGCCCACAAAGCGCUUUGUCGACGGCGUGGUCCCAUGUUCUGAAUUCCCAGAAGGCCAAGGUGUGGUAAAGCUGAACUGGCUAGACUUUGGUGGCUGGUCGGGCAUUGAGAACCACGACACCUCCACCGGUGGCAAGUGUAAGGAGGGUUCGCACUGUUCCUACGCGUGCCAGUCGGGUAUGUCCAAGACCCAGUGGCCAUCCGAGCAGCCUGAGGACGGCCGCUCCAUCGGUGGUUUGCUGUGCAAGAACGGCUUCCUCCACCGUACCAACAAAAACACCGACUACCUGUGUGAGUGGGGCGUUGACAAGGCCGAGGUGGUCAACAAGCUAGACAAGGUCGUCUCUAUCUGCAGAACAGACUACCCAGGUACCGAAAACAUGGUCAUCCCAACCAUCGUCAACCCCGGCAAGACCAUGCCUUUGACGGUGGUCGAUGAGGACACCUACUACAAGUGGCGCGGCCUCAAGACUUCGGCGCAAUACUACGUCAACGACGCAGGCGUCAGCAUGGAGGACGGCUGCAUCUGGAGUGACGAGGGCUCCACCGUCGGUAACUGGGCUCCUAUGAACUUCGGUGCUGGUUACGUUGACGGUAUCGCUUACCUCUCGCUCAUUCCUAACCCCAACAACCGCCAGCCGCUCAACUUCAACAUUAAGAUAGUUCCCGCCGACAAGAAUUCUGUUAUCUCUGGCGACUGCUGGUAUGAAAACGGCCGUUACAACGGCCACGGCACUGAUGGAUGCACUGUGGGCGUUACCUCUGGUAGGGCUCGCUUCGUCCUCUACAAAUAA